UGUCAAUUGACUUCCGGAAGCACAACGGGGACAUUGUGGCGGUAAGGGCUGAGCACUAAUCAUGUCUGAUGCUAAAGUAGAAGAGCAGUCCCAGCAGGACACCCCCUGUGAGAGCCCCGUACCCUCCCUGCCCGCCGUCACGGAACAACAGAAGUCCACAGCACUGCAGGCCACGCAGGAGUUUGAGAAAGGAAACUAUGAACAGUGUCUCCACCUAUUGGGAAAACUGAACUCGUCCAGGCCAAAUGACCCCAAAAUUGCCCACAACAUGGCAGUAGGGGCGUACUAUCAGUCGGGGUUUAAAAAGACUGAUGAGUUUAAGCAGAGUUUGCAGAAUGUCUGCCAACAGUCCCAGGUGAACAUAGACAGUGUGGAGGCACUGGAUGACGUGGACCAGUGUGUUAUGUACUUUAACCAGGCUGUUCUCCUCUACCAUCUCAAACAGUACCAGGCCGCCCUCGCCAUCAUGGAUAAACUGUUCCAGUUCAUUGAGCCGCUGGGGGAACAGGAGUCAAGACAGGAAAACUUGGCCAAAAGGGUUCUCUUGUUUCUGGUUGAGCUGUAUUUAGUGACACAUCAGCCUGAGAAAGCCAUGGCCAUGUUGACUUACUUUGAGAAGCACAUGCUGAAUGGCAAGGGAGGUCAGAGCACGCCAGAGAAACAGGGAGACAGGGGCGACGGCAGCAAGGAAGGCAGCCCAGACUCCAUUGCUGAACUCUACAAACCUAAAAUAAGUCAGUACAAGGUGCGGUGCUACAUGAUGCUCAAGUCUAUGAAGUUUUGCAAGCGAGAAGUCAAGAAUCUUAUGAAUAUGAUGGGAAUGACCAUCCCAGUCGUCUACCUGAAGAGCAACUUUGAGUACUUAAAAGGCAACUACAAGAAGGCCAACAAGGUCAUGAACAGCGCAUCUCCGCACCGCCAUUUCCUGGAGACAGGCGAGUGUAUCCCCGUCAUGUACUAUAACAACCUGGGCUGUAUACAUUUCCACCUGCGUCUUCACAACCUGGGCGCGUACUACUUCAGGAAGGCCAUGCAGGAAAACGAGGCCGCCGUCAAGGAGUUGAACAAAGGAGACGGAGGUAAAUCUAUAUCAGGUAAACCUCUGUACUGUCUUAGUGUGAGCAAGCACUAUGAACUGCUGUACAACAUGGGGCUCCAGCUACUGCACUGUGGGAAACCCAGCGCAGCAUUUGACUGUCUGAUUGAGGUGGUACAGGUAUACCAGACCAACCCCCGCCUCUGGUUACGGCUGGCGGAGUGCUGUGUCAUGGCGAACAAGGAGAGCAAUGACGUCGACUGCUCGCUAGAAAAGAGACAACAGGUCAUACAACACACCGUGGGCUCUGGGGUCCACAGAAAACUGAUUCUUGGAAUGGGAACACAGUCCAAUGUAAACAGUUCUGAUGCUGCAGCAAUACCAAUGGUUUCUCUGGAGUUUGCGUCACUGUGUCUACGCAAUGCUCUCCAUCUCCUGCCUGAAGGUCGUGUCAGCAGUAGCACCCUCUCUCCCACCGAGGAGCAGGCAGAAGGAAGUAAACUCCAAGACAGUCUUUUGAUACCAGCGCCCCCUGGUAACCCAAUGAAAGGAGCAGAAGUGGCCAGUCUCAGGUGCUCCAUUCUGGCCAAUACGGCCUAUGUAGCGUUGUGUUUAUCUGACCACUUGGUGGCGCUCCAUGCAGCAGAAAAGUUACUCAAGCAGCCACGCCUUUCAGGAGCUCACAGGUAUCUGGGGCACAUGUACAUGGCUGAGGCGCAAGUGGCACUGGAUAAAAUCGCAGACGCUGUUCAACAUUUGGACAUGGAGAGUGUUACAGACGUGUCCUUGGUGUCGCCAGAAUCAAAGCUGGAAUUGGCAGAUAAAAGUGAGAAGGAGGCAGGGGAGGGAACAGAUGUCAAAGGUUCACUGUACCUGUGGUCCCCCAAAGAUGUGCCCAGAGCGCGAGGUAUCAUGCAGUAUAACGUGGCCGUAGCGCAUGCUGUCCGAGGAGAGUUUGAUAAAGCAAUGCUAAACCUUAUGCAGAGCACACAAGUAAUGGGCAUGCCGCUGCCGGCUCAGGUCUUCUAUCUGCGCCUAUAUCUAGAUCUGCUAGAGGGUCGACGGAAAAUGGCACAAGGCAUUAUCAAGGAAAACUUUGGAAAUAUGACGCCAAAUAGACUUUGAACAUUGAGUGGGAUUUUUUUAAAUCAAAAAUGAAUUGCAGAAAAGUGAAUAGAGAACAUGAACCGAGAGCAGUGCCCAACAGCCUGAGAGUUCACUAAUGUGUUAGAAAUGGUCACUCUACAGUGGUGGCAGGAGAUAUGUCAGGCCCCCGUGGCCAGGACAGGAGAGUCUUGUUUAAUUACUGAUUGGCAGUCAAAGAAAUGAACAUGAUAUUAAAAAGAUUAACAAUGAAUAAGUCAUUAAUUUUAAGAUUAAACAUAAUGGAAGACAGAAUUCUGUCGCUGGGGCAGUAUCAUUAAAAUCCAAUAUUACCUGCAAUAAACAGGGAGUUAUAAAUCCUAAGAUGCUCAUGUUUUG